GGUGUACCUGGAUGCUGUAAUACAUACUUGGACUCUGUAGAAAAACUAAAACUUGGCCGAUCACCUUUUAAUUUUUUUCUUAAAUUUUUCUUUUCUUUUUCUUUAUUUAACUUUGCUUACCCGUCUCUAGCUGAGGCAUUGGAAACAUAUAUUAGGUAGGGCAUUUCGUUGCUUCAUCCAUACUAUCCUACUUGUAUUUUCCGACCACGGAAAACAAAAAACCAAGACGCCAUCGCGUGCGCACUUAUAAUGAUAUCAAGGCCACUACACUUCCAACAAUCUUCUUAUACCCUCUCCAGCAUUCCGCUCUCUCAGCGGAGUUCACUGUCGUGCUCUCAAUAUGGCGGUAGCACACGAGAAGUCUCAGCCGAUGUCUGCACCCCAGCCCGAGAGGGCCAUGAGUAGUGAUGAGAAGAAGAGCGAGGGCUCGGAUGCAGACAUUCGCGAGACUUUGGUCGAAGUCUCCACUGAAAACCAACUGUUUCGCCACCUAGGUAAUCGCCAGAUCCAAUUGAUUGCCGUCGGAGGCAGCAUUGGUACCGCUCUCUUCGUAAGUAUCGGCGGUGGUCUUGCCAAGGGCGGACCGGGUAGUCUUCUCAUCGGGUAUACCAUCUAUGCUAUCAUGGUCGGUAUGGUGAACAACUCCAUGGCUGAGAUGGUUACCUACAUGCCCGUGUCCGGCUCCUUCAUUCGAAUGGCUGGUAGAUGGGUCGACGAAGCUUUGGGAUUUAUGGCUGGAUGGAAUUUCUUCCUCUACGAAGCCUGUCUCAUUCCCUUCGAGAUAUCCGCUAUCAAUUUGGUGCUUGGAUUCUGGAGGGAUGAUAUCCCUGCGGCAGCUAUCUGUGUAGCAUGUAUCGUGCUUUAUGCCAUUAUCAAUAUCGUGGCCGUGCAAUAUUUCGGCGAAGCCGAAUUCUGGCUAUCCAGUGGAAAGAUCCUGCUUAUCUGCAUCCUGUACAUGUUUACUCUAGUCACCAUGUGUGGGGGUAACCCCAGGCAUGACGCCUACGGUUUUCGGUACUGGUCAGAUCCAGGGUCUUUCGCCGAGCACCUUCACGAUGGCGCAUUGGGUCGUUUUGAGGGUUUUCUCGGUGCUAUUUAUUCUGCAGGUUUUACCGUCGUCGGACCUGAAUACCUUGCCAUGGUCGCCGGAGAGGCGGAGCGCCCACGAACGUAUCUCAAAAAUGGAUUUAAGACCGUUUACUGGAGAUUCGCCAUUUUCUUCAUUGGCGGAGCGCUUUGCGUCGGUACUGUGCUUCCGUACAACAACGAGACACUGCAAAAUGCAGAUACUGGAACCGCUGCCGGCUCGCCCUACGUUAUCGCGAUGCAAAAUCUAGGAGUUGGAAUACUUCCCCACAUCGUCAACGCCCUCAUGAUCACCAGUAUCUUUAGCGCUGGAAAUGCCUACACAUACUGCGCGAUGCGAUCCUUGUACGGUCUCGCGUGCGACGGCCAGGCCCCCAAAAUCUUCAAAAAGACGCUAAAGAACGGCAUUCCUGUCUACGCUUUCGCGCUCGUCAUGGUUUUUCCAUUCUUGUCGUUCUUGCAAGUGUCGAACAACACAGCGCAGGUAGUGACAUGGCUUGCUACGCUCACGCAAGGCUCGCAGAUGAUCAAUUACAUUGUUAUGAGCUUGACAUACAUCUUUUUCUACAAUGCGACAAAGGCGCAGGGCAUUGACCGCCGCAGUUUACCAUACUAUGGCUAUUUCCAGCCGUACUGUGGGUACAUCGGACUGGUGUGGAUGAUUAUCAUCGAGGCCACAUUUGGUUACUCGGUGUUCUUACCCGGGCAUUGGAAUGUCGGUAACUUCUUUGCUUUCUACACGAUGGCCAUCGUGGCUUUCUGCACGUAUUUCGGCUGGAAGAUUUACCGACGCACGCGAUUCGUCUCUCCCGCGGAAGCCGAUCUCGUCUGGGAGAAGCCGGCUAUCGACGCUUACGAGGCCGCGUAUAACGAACCCCCGACCCGAUUCGUCGAUGAGAUGAAAGCUAUAUUCUUCGGAAAGAGGAAGAGGGAGAACUACAUGGGAGAGGACUCGAGCUAGAAGUCGGGCAUGCACUUUAACAUAGCGGCUUAGAUUCGAUGGCGCCGGAAACGGUUUUGACGAAUUAACAGCGCGCUGACGGACGGAGAAGAGAGGAACAUAUUUAUUGAUAUAUAAGUCGUUCUAACAUGUCUAGGUACUGACUAUAUAUUUUGGAAAAAAUAUCCUUAUAUACCUAGGUAGGUAGGUACCUACCUAGUCAUGGCCGCCCAAUAUAUGCAACACAGUAAAAUCAAAUUCAGUCGUUCGAUUCCAAGUACCAAACAAAGCCUCUAUCAAUAAAUUGUUGUUCAUCUCAGAAUACCGUAGACAGGGCGACUUAUUCGAAACCUCUACGAUAUGCCGUGUGACCCAACCUGUCCAGCCGCACCACAGUUAAUGCGGCCUAUUAUGCGAAACAUGAUAGUAGGGUUACCGCAACUAGAAAAUUUGACCUAGACGAUUCAUGCAUAGGAGGGGAGGGAAC